AUGUUGCCGUAUCAAAGCAUUGAAGAAGCCGAAACAUCUCUCGGAAGAAAUCUAAGUUAUGCAGAGACAGUAUGGUUCAAAUACUCUGCAAACAAGUCAGAUUAUUUUCUCUACUGUCACAACACUCUCUUCUUGUUUUUCUUCUACACUAUACUUCCUCUUCCCUACAUGUUCGCCGAGCUAAUUCGGUCCAAGAACAUUGAUAAAUUCAAGGUUCAGCCCAAAGUCAAGAACUCCUUCUCUGACAUGUUUAGAUGCUAUAAAGCUGUCAUGCUCACAUUUGUUCUUGCAGUCGGUCCUCUCCAACUGUUUUCUUACCCUGUCAUUGAGUUGAUUGGGAUUCGAACAGGUUUACCAUUGCCAUCCGGGAAGGAGAUGUUUUGGCAAUUGUUGGUGUAUGCUGUUGUUGAGGACUAUGCAAAUUAUUGGCUGCAUAGGUUGCUACAUUGUCAAUGGGGUUUCGAGAAUAUACACAGAGCCCACCAUGAAUACACUGCGCCAAUUGGAUUUGCAGCACCUUAUGCCCAUUGGUCAGAGGUCUUAAUACUUGGUUUUGCAUCAUUUCUUGGUCCAUUGAUGGUCCCCGGCCACAUGAUUACAUUCUGGCUUUGGAUGGUUCUCCGGCAGCUCGAGGCGAUCGAGACUCACAGUGGAUAUGACUUCCCUUGGAGUCCCACAAAAUUUAUUCCAUUCUAUGGAGGAGCAGAAUACCAUGACUAUCACCAUUACGUUGGGGGACGAAGUCAGAGUAACUUCGCCUCAAUAUUCACUUAUUGUGAUUACAUUUAUGGAACCGACAAGGGAUACCGGUACCUGAAGAAAUAUGACAAGUUGUGGGAGGAUAUGAGAAGCAACGGCGAACAAGAUGGAGAGUCCUAUGACAUUUCUACCAAAGAUUUGAAAUCUGAGUAG